CGUAUUUUCUCUAUUAGAGAUUAGAGAGCAAAAAAACAAUCAAAGCUACCAAAAUACUCGUUGUAUUUGAAACCCUUAUAUCAGUGGUAUUACCUGCCGUGACGAUACAAGUAUUUGACCAUGGAUACGACCCAAAAUGAGACAAAUCGUGACUCCUUAUUGUGUUGUCGUGCCUGCCUGUCUACCGACUACAAAUUGUUCAAUAUGCACGAACAUCACCUCACUGGCGCCUUUUCAUGCAUCGUAGGAACUCCUCUACUGCAGGACACGCUUCCACAAUACCUGUGUGUGUACUGCCAAGCGCUGCUGCUCAAAUGUGUGUCAUUCAAGAACAUGUGUCUCCGCACACAACAGAGCCUAUUGCCACAUCUCUUUAAGUUGGACCCAGAUUGUACUAGAUCAAGCCAUCCUCCUCUCAGAUUUCCCAAUCUAAGCGUAACUCAAGUUGAAACUGUAGACUGCACCGUAUCAGCAGAAGAUAUAAAGGUCGAACCAAGUAUAGACACAGUUAAUAUAGCGAAUCUCAUAAAGAAUACAGAUUUGAAAGAAGAGAAUGAAAAUAAUUAUGAAGUAAACAUAAAUAAUGAUACGGAUAAAGAAUUCGUUGUUGUAAAAAAUGUUAAAGAUAUUAAAAGAAGGAAGAGAAAAAUUGGUAUUACAGUUAAGAAAAAGAAAGAAAUAGAAAUUGAAUUUGAUAAUGAUGAAAUAUAUGUCAGUACUGUGAGUAGUGAAGAAGAUUAUAAGUGUACAGAAAAAAAGAAAAAACGAAGGGAAAGAAAAACUACAGUGGUUAAGAAAGAGAUAGUAAAAUUGAAAACUGAUAACAAUAAACUAGUAAAAGAAGUGGUGAGAAAGAAUAAGAAAAAAGUGACAAAGAAUGUAUCUGAUAAUUCUGCUAUUGAGAGUGCUUAUGCUGUACAAAUUGUACAUUUGAGCAAGGAAGAGCAGCUGGAAGAGAUCGCCUCGCGCAAGAAGUCCCGCAACUACCUGGAGUCUCGUUUCCGGUGCGAGGACUGCGGGAAAGGCUUCGAUUCGGAGACGGCCUUCAACAACCAUCUAGUUCGCCACAGCCCUAGCGCCGGUUCUCUCGUGUGCGAGAUCUGCGCGAUGCGCUUCAACGUGAAGUGCCGUCUCUUAAAGCACCAGGAGUCCCACCGCCUUAAGUUCAUUUGCAAGUUCGGUGACACCUGCAACUUUGUCUCUCGGGACAGGGCGCAUGCGAAGAAUCAUCACGCCAUGCACGCGGGCAAGACUUUCGAAUGUCAACACUGCGGGAAGACCUUCAAUAAAAGCACGACGUACCUGACGCACGUGCGGCUGUCGCACCCCGCCAUGAACGUGGCGUGCGACGUGUGCGGCGAGACGUUCGUCAGCCAGAAGGGGGCGCUGCUACACAAGAACAGGAUGCAUCCCGAAAAUGCGAAACCUCAGAAAUAUAAAUGCCCCACCUGCUCUGUCGAGUUCAAUUGUGUCUCGGCGCUGAACAGACACACGGACACGGCCGGCGAGCACGGAGCCCUGCGGCCGUGCGAGCAGUGCGGCGAGAACUGUGCGAGCGAGGACAAGUUACAGGAACAUGUCGAAGAGACACAUCCGACUGAGACACAUCGGUGCGAGGAGUGCAACAUGACAUUCCCCACAUUGUCAUCGUACGACACGCACCACCGGCGCAAGCACCUCAACCAGCAGGGCCGGCGGCCGCGGCACGCGCCGCGCCGCAAGUACGCCAGCAAGCCGCGCCAGCCGGGGCAGUUCGUGUGCGAGCACUGCGGUCGGAUCAAACCGAACGCAGCUUUGCUCCGGUACCACCAGCGCAUACACGACGGCGUGAAACCAUUCGCCUGCGAGCACUGCCCCAAGGCCUUCACGUUAAAGUCCUCGCUAGUUUGGCACACGCGGACGCACACAGGCGAGAAACCAUACCAAUGCGCCGAAUGUCCGCGCGCCUUUAGCUCCAAGGCUAACUUCAACAGACAUCAUAAAACAGUCCACCUAGGGAUCCGCGGGCACUUCCCGUGCUCGGUGUGCGCGCGCGUGUUCACGACGCGCUCGGACGCGCGCGUGCACACGGACUCUGUCCACCGCGGCCUGCCCCAGCCCCGGCGGGACCGCUCCAGGAAGACUAGAAAACAUGUACAGGGGUUGUCAACAUUCAAGGCAUUGUUCUCGACGCGCUUGGACGCCGCGCACCGCGGCCUGCCGCCGCCCCGGCGGGACCGCUCCAGGAAGACCAGGAAACAUGUACAGGGUUUAGACAAUAAAUGA